AUGGGGCUUGUGGCAAUGCUGCUAGAAAAUUUGCACUUCUCGCUCUUCACUCCACCUCCGCGAAGAUUUUGUCGUCGUGGGAGAGCUCGCGAGCGCUGCUGCCAUGGCUUCGUCAUCGCCGGGAAUUGCUGCUCCAUUCGCCACGCCGCCAAAGCUCAGAUCUCGAGAGAGCCAGCUGAUCGGAGCGGCGGAUUCGAGGGAAGGAAUCCCUUGAUCGGUGCAUUCCACGAGAAAGGGGACGUCGUGGCUGGGAAAUACAGGAUUGUUGGUGUUCUUGGCAGCGGUGGCGUGGGUGUUACGUAUGAGGCCGAGACCGAACAAGGCGAUGCUGUGGCUAUCAAAGCCAUGUCUCUGAGAAACAUGAAAGGCUGGAAGGAUCUCGAUCUUUUCGAAAGGGAAGCUAGAGUGUUAAAAUCACUCCAGCAUUCUGGGAUCCCCGAAUACAUCGACUUCUUUGAGAUAGAAAACGAGAAAGAUAAAGGCUUUUACAUCGUCCAGAAGGUCGCAAAAGGAAAAUCGUUGGCCAAGCUAGUUGAGGAGGGAUGGCGAGUCUCUGAGCAGGAGGUGAAAGACAUCGCCAUCGAGAUUCUUGAUGUCUUGAAAUAUCUGGGAAGCUUGAGGCCUCCUGUCAUUCAUCGAGAUAUCAAGCCUGAUAACAUCAUAUUGGACGAAGCGACUGGCAAAGUGAAGGUGGUUGAUUUUGGCGCCGUGCAAGAUACAACAUCGUCGGCAACUUUUAUCGGCAGCACUGUUGUUGGCACGUACGGCUACAUGGCUCCAGAGCAAUUUCAAAACCGUGCCACGCUGCAGACUGAUCUGUAUGGACUUGGUGGAACGCUUUUGUUCAUGCUUUCGGGACGCUCUCCUGCAACGUUUCCUCAGAAAAGACUGAGAGUUGAUUUCCAAAACUUUGUUUCUGCGAGCCCAAGCAUGACGCGUGUGGUUGAAAAGCUUCUAGAACCAGCUCCUGAAGACAGAUAUCAGUCAGCUGACGAGGUGAUUCGGGCACUUCAAGAUGGCGAAUCUCCCGUUGUGGCAGGGGAGAGUUUUUUCGAUUAUGCUGCAAAAAGUCGAAAGCCAUAUGGAACAAAAGUUGUGUUGACAAGGUUCCCAGACUCCUUGACAAUCAGCAUUCCUCGAGCAGGUGUUGGUGCGGCUGCUGCUACUGGAACGUUUGCUUUGGCGUGGAAUUCAUUCCUCUUGCUUUGGACGUUCGGAGCACCAUUGCCAUUCGUUUUCUUUUCUAUCCCUUUCUGGUUUGUUGGAUAUGGUCUUUCCAAAGACGCGCUCUCUGCACUCACUGUUACAACUUUCAUAGAGCUUACGAAACGUUAUUUCUCAAUCGAAUGGAAGGUGGGAAACUUCUGAACACAUCGGGUUCAAGGCUUGACACAAGACAUCACUUCGGUGGAGCUUUGUGCGGAAUGGGUACGAAACAGGCGGCGGAUCAAAUCGUGCUGCAUCAGGGAAGGUGUCAAAGUCCACGAUUUCGGAGGGGGGCUGGAGCUGGUGGAGAAGAAUUGGCUGGUAAACGAGAUAUCGUCGUUCCUGGGGAUUCCCCCGCCGCCUCCAGUCUUGGAAGAGACUUUCGUGGAUAACAGAGCGUGGGAUAGAGAACGCGACUUUUGGGGGAGAGAUCGAGAUUUCCAUGACGACUUUUGGUAGCACUUAGAACGAGACCGGCCUCAGGUACAGUGGGAAAAAUAAAAUACACUCGUAGCUUUCGUGUCUAUAAGGUGAAACCGGCUUCUUCUACGAUUAUCUAGUUCCUGGCAGGCGAAAACUUCGGUAUAGCAGUGUGAGAUGAUGAAGGGACUCGUCUGUGCAAUCGUACUGCUGCUGGCGCUUUCGCCAUGUAUUCUUGCAGCUGUCUGCCCUCAGUACUGCAUCGCAAGCGCCGAUUACGUGAUCUGCGAGUCUCCGUCGCCUGCGAAGUAUCCGCCAGCGUGUGGGAACUGCUGCUUUGCAAAGGGAGAGAUUGGAAGCCUUGCAAAGAACUGCAGCAUACACCUCAAGGAUGGGACUCUUCUUGCUUGCAAUUUCUAGCUGCAAGAUUUGAUAGUGUCGUGUCUUAAGGUACUUUCGUAUUUGGAAGAACUAAUAUGUGUCUCUGUUAUAUCAAGUUUCUUGCUACGACUUCUCGGUCACUGCGAGAAUUUUCGCGCAGCAAUCGUGUCUAACUUGAACUCUUUUCCAUUCGUUUGACCGGUGCGAAGUUCCAGCAACUAUAAAAGUCGGCAUCAGUCGGGUAAGUGGGAACUUAUCCAUUUGCAUUCCAGGAAGAUGAAGCUCGCUCUCUCCUGUGCUGUUGUGCUGCUGCUGGUCUUUUACCAAUGCGAACUCGUCCCUGCAUGUCCACAGUACUGCCUCUCGGAUGCCGAUUAUGUGAUCUGCAACUCGCCCGUGCCUGCAAAGUAUCCGGCUUCGUGUGGAAACUGCUGCUUUGCAAGGAGCGCAGUCGGAAGCUCGAAGGAUUGUAGCAUUCACCUCACCGAUGGGAGUCUUCAGGCCUGUGGCUUCUAGUUUCGUGACAAGAGAGUAACUUUCCUUCUUAAUAGUACAUAGUUACAGGCAUUUGAUCUUU